GCGCACACACUCCUCGUCAGUCCCUACAGCCACGCACACACACUGGCAGAGCCGCCGUCUGCAGCGCGCACAGCCUCAGCUCAGCCGCCUGGGAUUUCUCAAACUACUCUGUUAAAGUAUCGGACGGUGUGGACGAGAGAGAUAGCAGAGUCCCGCUGCGGCAACAGGACGAGGCGAAACGACGUUUGUUCUGUUCAUUUCCUCAGUGUGAAGCCGGAGGACAGAGAUGAUGGAGACCAAACUCUGGGUCGCCCUUUGUGCGCUGCUGCUCAUUAACUUGGCAUCAACCGAACACGAUAACGACCACGUCGCUGCCUCAAAUGCUACAAGAAGCGGUGACAGCGAGGCUCCGGCUGCACCUGAUUCUGGCCUGGACCCCGUCAGCCAGGCUGUCACCACACCUUCACCCAGUGGCCCCGACACAAAUACGAGUUCAACAGCCACCGGCAGCUUGAGCAGCAACACAUCUACAGAAGGGAAAACCAUCUCUCUGACACCCGAACCAAAGAAAGAUAAUGGUACCAGCAUCGUCUCUCCCUCACAGGCUGCUGGUCCUGAAAAGAACCUAUCGACAUCACAGCCACCGAUUCCUCCUUCUGAGAGCCACGGCCCCACCUCUCAUGCCCCCCUUACUUCCACCCCUAUCAGUCCCACAGACGCAGCUGACGCUGACGCUGUAGACGCCACACUGACCACCACACCACCCUUAAACACAUCACAUCAUGCUGGACUUCCACUUCCUGACACGCCAUCAAACCAGACCACUCACUCUGAAACACACUCAGUCACUUCUGUCCCGACGCCUGACCCCGAAACCAUCACUGCUACCAACGCCGCCCAGUCCACUUCAACAUCCAGCACCAGCUCCUCUCAAGAGACCCCCAGUUCUGAGUCGCCGGUGCUCACAUCUCUGCAAACCACUUCACAGCCCGACGGACAUCCUCAGACCUCCACGGGAGCCCACCACAAGCCUACCACCUCUGCGCAGACCAGCCCCUCCGCCCAGGCCAAAGCCCACGCCGACACCCCCUCCCAGCUCAACGUUGGGGGUGACACCACGAUGGUCCACGAGUCUCCCACCACAUUGGACCCCCUCCUGGCCGGCCUGGUGUCAGCCUUCAUCAUCACUGCUGUCAUCAUCACCCUGCUCCUCUUCCUCAAACUGCGCCGAAGAGACAACCGGCCAGAGUUCCGCAGGCUGCAGGACCUACCCAUGGACGAUAUGAUGGAGGACACACCCUUGUCCAUGUACAGCUACUGACGGAGGCAUGACUGAAAUUUUUGGCGGCAAAAAACUCUCCUUGAAUCCAGGCUCGCGCUGCAGAGGUUGUCGAACCCGGUCUCUCUUCCUUAAUGUGUACCAAACAGAAAGAACUGUGGUGACAUUUCUGGAUUGCUUUCAUUUAUCCCGAUCACUGACAUGUAGGAAAGGACAUGACUGAAGCUGCAGUGGACAAUGAAGAUAUCGCCCACGCUGGGGGUGUUUUGGCUAUUUUGGUGUCUAUAAUUACAAAUUAGGUCAACGCCUCCGUUUAAUCCUUUACGCUUAGUGUUUUUCAGCCCAUGUUUAGGGGGUAUGGGAGUUGUAUAAUAGAUUUUGAUUUCCCUAAAGUUGAAAAGGGUAGGUGUAAAGUGAGAGGCAACAUCCUUUGGAUGGUUCACACCUGGACACCGAUUCAGCCUGUCCUGUCAGACUCUUACCUGGGGGCAGUGGUCUAAUUUCCCUGUUAUCAGUUAUUGUUAGAAAGUCUGACUGAAAGGCCAGCGAAAAGACAUGAACAAAACAAACAGCCUGAUUAUAGUGUUAAAGAGUUUGCACUUUAAUUUUUCAGGGGUGGAAAAUAAUGGACAAAUAUUUUUGUGUAUGAGAACGUUUGAGAUUUGUGUGGCGUAGCAGUGUGUGUUUGUAGGUGUGUGAGUCUGUUUAAGGUGCAUGUAUGGACUUUUGAAGGCAUGGCAGGGGAUAUUUAAGUCUUUUUUUUUUUCUUCCAGUUUCUGUGUUGAAGGCCCUGUUGCCUUCUGGCCUGAUUUUGAUAUGUGCAGUGUGUUUUUUUGUUUCUUUCCUGGGGUCUUGAGUCCAGGAGAGAGUGCCUUACACAGUAUAGGUACAGCUAUUAUUGUAUACUAUAUUUAAAGUCAAACCAACUAACUUACAGAUUUACCAGUCAUUCCCAGUACUUUGUGCGAUUCCCAUUUAAAACACACACUCUGGGCCAGGUAGCUGCUCUGACUUGUCUGUGUUUGGAGACUAGCCUUGAGCGUGUUCACCAUGAGGCUUUCAUUCAUACAUUGACAGUUGCAGAUUGAAAUUGCCCAGUGGCCUUUCCACACAAUGUUAGCAUUGUCCUGUGUUGUAAAUACUACUGAUGAUUGCAUCACGCAACGGCGACCUUAUGAAACUCUUCAUCGGAGUUGCUGCUUUAGCGUUCGCCAACAUAUUGAAGAUGUUACAUGGACUGACCCAACAGCACCUUGUCCUCUCACUAGGCCAGUUCACAAAUAUUGUGUUGAUCAUACUGUGUAUCAGCCUCGCUUUGUAUUUGCUCUGCAAAUGUGCAGGAAAAUAUGAGCGGAAGUGAGACACAAGACGACAGAACAACCUACGUCGACAGAAAUCAAUAGGAGCAAAUACCUGUGUUCACAUUUUGAUCUUUCUGUCAUAAAUAUUGACAGAUGGGUGACAAAUUAAAGGAAAAUGUCUUCGUAAGGCCGAUAGUUGAGGGAUAAACGGUUAGAACAGGGCUGCUCAAGUGGGGCGUGAUUUAUGUGCGAUUUGAGAUGUUUCUAGGGGGAAAAAAUCUAAAUUGAUUGAAAAAUUCCUCAUAGAAAUGGCUGUUUAUGCAGUUUUUCCUGAGGUAAGAAUUCUCUUCAAUUAUGUAGGAUCCCUAAUUAUUUAUUACUUUUCAUAAUCUGAGCUGGCUUUUGGCCCAUGGCCCACCUAAGUUUCAGUUUUAGCCCUCCAAGAGAAAAAGUUUGGGCCCCCUGAACUAAAGAUAGUCCCUCAUUUACUGUUUUUCCUUUCAUCACCCGCCCGUACAUCCAGCUCUAAAUUAAACACUUGAGAUGUUUGAUAUUGGUGUUAAAAACUGUAAAUAUCCUGAAUGCAUAAUGAGGCUUUUGCUCCCAGAUGUGGAUUAUCGGACUGUCCGUGUUUUAUGAUUAAAAGUAUUUUAAAACCA